AUGAAGAGAGUGGGUGGAGAGUGGGUGGAGAGUGGGUGGCGACUGGGUGGAGAGUGGGUGGAGAGUGGGAGGAGAGUGGGAGGAGAGUGGGAGGAGAGUGGGUGGAGAGUGGGAGGAGAGUGGGAGGAGAAGUGGGUGGAGAAGUGGGUGGAGACUGGGUACAGAGUGGGAGGAGAGGGGGAGGAGACGGGGCUUGGUUCAGAGAGGGUGGAGAGUGGGUGGAGAGUGGGAGGAGUGGGUGGAGAGUGGGAGGAGUGGGUGGAGAGUGGGAGGAGUGGGUGGAGAGUGGGAGGAGUGGGUGGAGAGUGGGAGGAGAGUGGGAGGAGUAUAGAGUGGGUGGAGAGUGGGAGGAGUGGGUGGAGAGUGGGAGGAGUGGGUGGAGAGUGGGAGGAGCGGGUGGAGAGCGGGUGGAGAGUGGGAGGAGUAGGUGGAGAGUGGGUGGAGAGUGGGAGGAGCGGGUGGAGAGCGGGUGGAGAGAGGGAGGAGUGGAGAGUGGGUGGAGAGUGGGAGGAGUGGGUGGAGAGCGGGUGGAGAGUGGGAGGAGUAGGUGGAGAGUGGGUGGAGAGUGGGAGGAGUGGGUGGAGAGUGGGUGGAGAGUGGGAGGAGUGGGUGGAGAGCGGGUGGAGAGUGGGAGGAGUGGGUGGAGAGCGGGUGGAGAGUGGGAGGAGUGGGUGGAGAGUGGGUGGAGAGUGGGAGGAGUGGGUGGAGAGAGAAGCAUAA